AUGUCCACGGAAGGAAGCAGAGUUGCANGCGCGGGGUCUUUAGGAGCCGCAAGCAUCGCAAGUAGCGGUGCCGGACAACGCGUAAGCCAGGAGCUAGGACAAAACCCGGGACCGAGUGCAAUCAAGGUAGAUUAUUUCGACCCGAGGCAACAAACUUUUCAAAGAUGGCUGCAACGGUUGGAAGGAGCUUUUCGAGUUUUUAAAAUUCGAGAAGAAGCAGAAAAAGUAGCUUAUUUGCUGCACUACCUGGGCGUGGAGGCUUUUGGAAUUUUGUGCGACCGUUUGGACCCGGAGGAUCCUUAUACCUUAUCGUACGGAGCGCUGUUAAACAGGUUGAAGGAAUUCUAUGCGCCGGAACCGUUAGAGAUUGCCGAGAUCUUCAUGUUUCGUAAGAGGUUGCAACAGCCGGAGGAGAACGCUCAAGAAUAUAUGGCGGCGUUGCAAAAAUUAUCGCUGCAUUGCAAAUUCGGAGAGUAUCUGAAAACCGAAUUGCGAAAUCAAUUUGUGUUNGGUUUGCGGAAUCAGCGAAUCCAAGGGCGUUUAUUGGAGACGGCCGGUUUAACAAUGGAAUCUGCUUUGAAAACAGCCGGCGGGAUGGAGCUGGCAGAGAGGGGCGUUCAGGAAUUGAAGACACACGAAAGCGCGGCAGUAGAUUUCGUGGGUCAUGGCGCGUGUACAUCGAAGAAAACAAACAGCAGCGAGGUCAAAUCAAAGGGAAAAGGCGUUUGUAAACAGAAAAAGAAAUCCGAAUCGUGGAAUAAAUCGAUGAAAGUAAAAGCGUCCGCGCGAAAUUCGAAAUUUAAUAAUGUUGUUUGUUACAGGUGUGGAAGGGACCAUCUGGCGCCCCAUUGCACUCUUCCUCGUCAUGUCAAAUGUAAUGAAUGUGGCGGUAUGGGCCAUUUGCAGAAGGUGUGCAAGAAGAAAAAUCAAACAAAAUUGUUGGAAGAAGUCAGCAGAGUCGAAGAGUUAGAGCACUCCCGAUUCAGAGAUCAAUAUACAGUCUCUCUCUACCUGGAAAAUAAGCGAGUAACUUUUGAGGUGGAUUGCGGCGCUGCGGUCACCUUGGUGAGCAAAAACUGGUUGCGACGAAUGUUUCCGAGUUUAAAAUUGUAUAAAACGGAUUUAAAGCUGCGUUCAUAUUGUAAGAAAAAUUUUGCACCGUUGGGAUUUGUUAAAGUUAGAGUACACGAUAUGGGUGGCUCAUGCGAGUUAAAUGCGUACGUAGUACACUAUGACAGAAAUCCGCUGUUAGGUCGGGAGUGGAUCAAUCAAUUAAAAAUUUUGGAAAAAGUUAAAAGGAGUUUAGAAGAAAUUGAAGAAAUAAGGACGCUGGAAGUUCAUCAUCACGGCAGAUUGGAACAAUUAUUCACUAAAUACUCGAAUAUAGUAAGUGAAGAUUUCGCGUUAAUAAAACAAAUGGAAGCUCAUUUAAAAUUAAAGGAAAACGCGAAACCGGNAUUUUUAAAAAGUAGAACCGUACCCUUUAAAUUGAAAGAAAAAGUAGAAGAGGAGAUAGAAAAUAUGGUGCAAGCGGGAAUUCUAGAAAAAAAAGAAUCGUCAAAAUGGGCCACGCCUAUUGUACCAGUCUUAAAAAAGAAUGGGCAAAUUAGAAUCUGUGGUGAUUUUAGUGUCACCGUAAAUCCUUUGUUAAUCGUGGAUGAACAUCCGCUGCCUACAAUUGAUGAACUUUUUGCGUCAAUGGCGGGAGGAAAAAUAUUCUCUAAAAUUGAUUUGAAACAAGCAUAUUUACAACUGCCAUUAGCGGAGUCAGAAAGAGAGAUUUUAACGUUAAAUACUCACAAAGGAUUAUAUCAAUGUAACCGUCUUAUGUACGGAGUGGCAGCGGCUCCGGCAAUCUGGCAGCGAACUAUCGAAAAUAUUUUGAGCGGUAUUCCCGGAGUUGCGGUAUUUUUGGAUGACAUAAGAGUCUCGGGGAAAAAUUUGGAGGAGCACAUGGCACGUUUAGAAUUGGUUUUUAAACAAUUAUCGAAGUACAAUUUACGUAUUAAUAAGGAGAAAUGCGAGUUCCUCCAGGAUAAUAUUACUUAUUGCGGUUAUGUUAUCGGGAAAAGCGGAAUCUCAAAGGAGAAACAAAAAAUAGAGGCG